AUGUCGGACCACGAGGAAACCAGUUCUGAGCGCAGCUUCAAGACGCCUAUCCCUGAGCUCGAUGACCAUCGUCACCAGGUGGCGGUGACUCCUCAUCCGGAGCGCCCCCGUCGAGGCACGUUUGACACGCUCUAUGGAGCUCGAUUGCUAGGCCCGGAGUCGGCUCUGGGCGAACCGUCGUCUAGCAUUCGGGUUAGGGACUUUGAGGAGGCAGUCAUGGAUGAAGAGGGGGGAGAUAUGUCGCCCACUGCGCGCCGUGUUCGCCGACCGACUGUUGAAACUAUAACCGACCAGCGGUCGGUAUCGCCGCCGAACUCGGUCAAGGCCUUUGCCGAGGCUCGCCGACGCGAGCGCGGCAUGUCCAUUUCAGAAUCCAAGGCUGAAAGGAACGGCGAGGAGGAGCUUCAUCGGGCUGUCUCCAUCAGCAGUCGUCGCAGUCACCGCAGCCGCCCUCAUACUGUGGACGACGGUGCGAGUCUGGCUACCAACCAGUCUGCCGAGGAAGACGUUUGUUUUCCGCUUCAGGAUGGCCAACGCAAAGACCAGCUAUACAUCGAUUUUGACUAUCUUGAGAACUUUAUUCAGUCAGAUCGGGCUUCAAGAACUGUCAGCCGUCGGGACUCUCUCCGUGCAUUCCCGGACCUCAGACCUCAGACGUCCGAAUUGGCACAGCCUCAGCUGCAGCUACACACUGUUGAUGGAGACAUUCUCGACAUGCCCUCGGACACCUCGACAGGACAGGAACCCCCCGAGAAGGAGCCGGCUAUCGAGGAGCCCAAGACCAAGCCUGCGCCAUCACAACAACCUGUGGAUCCCAACCGCUUCAGUUUCUUCUCUUCAGCCUGGGAGUCAACAAUCCACGCUGCAGAACUUGGUGACCUUGUCCUGCCUGGCGAGGAUCUUCGUGGUCUCUUUGCACUGCCCGCAGAUGAAUCGGAUGGUGUUUGGUGGCUGAACGUCAACAACCCCACGAAGGAGGAGGUCACGGCUAUCUGCAAGGCGUUCGGUGUUCAUCCGCUUACCAUCGAGGAUGUCACUACUCAGGAAGCACGUGAGAAGAUUGAGCUUUUCCCCUCGUACUACUUUGCAAGCUUUCGAUCUUUCCACGCAGUCGAGGAAGAUGACGGCGUUGAGUACGAGCCCUUCAACAUUUAUGUCGUUGUCUUCCGUGAAGGAACUCUUAGCUUCAGCUUUGAACCCAAUGCGCAUGCGUCGCAUGUACGGAAGCGUAUUGCUUUGCUGAAGGAUUAUGUUGCACUCAGUAGCGAUUGGGUCUGCUACGCUCUCAUCGAUGACAUUGUGGAUUGCUUUGCACCAGUGAUUCGUGAGAUCGAGCUGGAGGCAGACGCUAUCGAGGAUGGCGUUUUCGUCGCUCGAGAGGAUGACUCCAACGCGUUUCUUCGGUCUAUUGGCCGCGUGCGCAAGAACACCAUGGCCCUGAUGCGCCUUCUUGGUGGCAAGGCUGAUGUUCUUCGAGGUUUUACCAAGCGCUGCAACGAGAACUACAAGGUCACUCCUCGCAUGGACAUCGGCCUCUAUCUUGGUGACAUUCAAGACCACGUUGUUACUAUGGUGACCAAUCUGGGCCACUUUGAGAAGAUCCUCUCACGCUCGCACAGUAACUACUUGGCACAGCUUUCCAUAAACAGCAUCUCCCAAGGCACACACACAAACCUGGUACUGAGCAAGAUCACCUUCCUGGCCUCGAUUCUUGUACCGCUGAACCUUGUCAGCGGUUUAUUCGGAAUGAACGUUACGGUUCCGUUCGCGGACAAUGGAAGUCUCAUCCCAUUCUUCACUAUUCUGAGCAGCUUAAUCUUUUUCUGUAUUGUGAGCUUGGCUUUGGCCCGCAGGUACAAGUACAUCUGA